GCGUAAUACGAUGCGACAUUCUGAUUCCCUCAGCCUCAGAAAGUAGUCCGCGCCCCUGAGGGAACGCUUUUCAUUUUUAAUUGUAAUUACCCAAUUCUGUACCUGGUUCCCUGGCAGUAAGGGGCCUCACGCUCCGUGGGGUGUACUUCCGAGGAGACCUUUUUGGCUUUUAGCUCCAAUGGUGAACAGCAAUCCAAACAGUGAUUGAAAAAUGACUGUUCCAAAAUUGCCAACAGAAGCAUCCGUGUUUAUGUUUGGUACUUACUCGCUGGCCAUGAUUCCACCACAGGUAAAUGGUGCAAAGGGAGAUCUAGUUGUCAGUUCCUGCAAUGACAAUCACAGUCUUGGGGAAGAUGUUGAAUCAUUUCUGAAUAAUGAACAGCAGCUGCAUCUCUUUGAUGACCUUACAAAAGUGAAUCCUGUAACCACCACAACUGUCCUGAAGUGCCUACAAGCGCGAUACGCCAUCGAUGUGUUUUACACCAACGCCGGCUGCAGCCUGGUGGCCGUCAACCCGUUCCGCCCACUCCCACGGCUUUACUCACAGGAGCUGAUGAAGGAGUACCACGCGGCCACCUGCCUUCAGGAAUUAAAUCCGCACGUUUUUGUGGUGGCAGAGGAGACCUACAGAAAUGUCCAAAGCCAGAUUCCACCAGUAAACCAAUCCAUCAUCGUUAGUGGCGAAAGCGGUGCAGGGAAGACCUGGACAUCUCGUUGCCUGAUGAAAUUCUACGCUACCGUGGCUGCUUCGUCUGCUGUUCCGAAAGGUAGCAUAACCGUGGAAAGAAUAGAGAGGAGAGUGCUGGACUCCAAUCCUGUGAUGGAAGCUUUUGGGAACGCAUGUACGCUGCGGAACAACAACAGCAGCCGUUUUGGGAAAUACAUCCAGCUUCAGUUAAACAGAUCCCAGCUUCUAACCAGUGCUUCCAUUCAGACAUUCCUGCUGGAAAAAACAAGGGUUGCCUAUCAAGCCCCACAGGAGAGGAAUUUCCAUAUUUUUUACCAGAUUGCAAAAGGCGCCACCCUAGAAGAACGACAAGAAUGGAGUCUCCUUGAAGGCACAGAAUUCUCCUGGCUGCCAAAUUCUAAGAAAACUCUAGAAGAGGACUGCUUUGAUGUGACAAGAGAGGCCAUGUCCCACUUAGGAAUUGACAGCUGCACACAGAAUAAUAUUUUCAAGAUGUUGGCAGGAUUGCUCCACGUAGGCAACAUCCACUUUUCUGAGUCAGAGGAUGAGUCGCAGCCUUGUGAACUCAAAGAUGGUGUUGGAGUUUUUGCAGAGACCGCUUCCAGGUUGUUACAAGUGGUGGAAGAUGAGCUGCUGGAAACGCUGAGGAUCCGUACGAUCACAGCUGGCAAACAACGGCAGGUCUUCAAGAAGGCCUGCCCCAAAGGAGAAUGUGAGACGAGGAGAGACUGCUUGGCCAAAGUGAUUUACGCCAGGAUCUUUGACUGGCUGGUGGCCGUGAUAAAUGGAAGUAUCUAUGCAGAGCCUUCCGUGUGGAGCAGUUUCAUAGGUCUGUUGGAUGUUUAUGGCUUUGAAUCCUUUUCCGACAACCACUUGGAACAGCUGUGCAUCAACUACGCCAACGAAAAGCUUCAGCAGCAUUUUGUCGGCCACUUUCUGAAGGCCCAGCAGGAAGAAUACACCACAGAAGGUCUCCAGUGGUCUUUCGUCAACUACCAGGAUAAUCAAAACUGUCUGGACGUGAUAGAAGGCGCUCCUGUUAGCAUCUUCUCCUUGCUCAAUGAGGAGUGUCGCCUCAACAGAUUCUCUGACGCCAGGCAGCUCCAAAGCCGGAUCGAGCUGGCUUUUCCCAAUAACCCGUGUGUCAGCCAGGACAGGUUUCGAAAGGAGCCAAAUUUUGUCAUUUCCCAUUACGCGGGCAACGUCUGCUAUCAGGUGGAAGGCAUGGUGGAGAAAAACAAGGACCCUGUCCCCCCAGAAUUGAUUCAGCUGCUGCAGCGCUCCCAAGACCCUCUGCUUCAGAAAUUAUUUCCACCGAGCCAAAAAGCAAACAACAGCAAUGUCAAGACUCAGACGAAGCCAGCCGUUGCCACUGUGGUCUCCAAAUUCAAGGGUUCCCUUGAACAGCUGGUGGGGAUCCUGAACAGCACUACCCCACACUACAUCAGGUGCAUCAAGCCCAAUACGGAUUGCCAAGCAGCUCUUUUCCAAAAAGAUGAGGUUCUGCAUCAGCUGGAGGCUUGUGGCAUUGUGGAAACUAUCAACAUCAGUGCUGCUGGCUUUCCAAUUAGGAUUUCCUUUGGAAGCUUUCUGGAACGUUAUGGCAUGCUUAAAAAAUCACAAAGGUGGAGCUCAGAAGCCACGAGACAUCAAGAAAAUGGCUUUCCCCAAGUUUUGGGAAAUGAAGAGGAAGGCCGACCUCUACGCCAUACCAUCCAGGAAGUCUUGCGGGGCAUUGGCCCCAGCGCUGCAACCCUUAAACCUGCCGAGGACAAGUCCUGUGUUACUGCACCGGUUUACUGUGGCAAAACCAAAGUAUUUCUGACAAAUUCCAUGCUGGAGCUACUCGAGGCGCGGAGGGCCGGCUUCUUGUCCGAGAAAGCGUUCUGUAUCCAGUGUUGCUGGCGGAGAUUUAAGCGUCAGAAGCUGGCGAAAGAGAGCCGUUCGGCCACGAUCAUCCAGUCAGCCAUCCGCUCGUGGCUAGCCAGGAAUCGCUUCCGGAGACUACAAAGGGCCGCUACCGUUAUUAAACGGGCCUGGAAGACAUGGAAGGCCAAGAUGAACAUGCUGGCUGCAGAGGAACUGGACGACACCGAUGGAAAAGCCCUCCUUGCUUCCUCUGGAGCAGCUGUUUCCUCAAGCCAGACUCGGCGCGAAUGGGAAAAGCCGUGGCCGUCAGGUGCCAUAAUCCAGUUCUGGCCCCUCGGGCUUGUCCUCUCAAGUGCCCCCGUGACGGGAGGGGGGCUCCAGAGAGAGGCCGCACUCCUGAUGUGCCUCCGCGUCCUGCAGAAGAAGGAUUGGUGCAAGGCAGAGACCAAGCCCACGGUGCCCGGCGUCAUCUCCAUCAGAGCCAUCCCUCAGGGCUCCAUCAAAUUCCACUGCAAGAAGUCCCCGCUGCUUUAUGCUGACACCAGGCCACACAUUCACGGCAGCACCGUCACCGGCUUCAACCAGAUUCUCCUGGACCAGUGUGAGCUGCUCGCUGCUUGAACGUGGACCUGGGCACUCUAUGUCUUAUUUAUUGCACUUUCAACUCUGCCAGCCAAGCCACCUCCUUCUCUUCUCUGUUUUAAUGCCCAUUUUUCUCUAGAACUGUGCAGGCAGCCUCAGACUUUGGGAAACCAACUGUGUAAUCAAGAUCCAAGCUCAUCCAUUCACAUUUAGAGAGUUCACAUGUUUUUAAA